AUGACUGACAAAAAAUCCAAAGCGUGCAGAAGCCGAUCGGAGCGUGCUAUCGUCUCCGGAUCUGCAGCGAAGGCUAAUAACUGUACUGCUCCAGAAAAGACCACAGAGAAGACCACAGAGAAGACCACAGAGAAGACCGCAGAGAAGACCGCAGAGAAGACCGCAGAGAAGACUGCAGAGAAGACUGCAGAGAAGGCCACAGAGAAGACCACAGAGAAGACCGUAGAGAAGACCGCAGAGAAGACUGCAAAGAAGACUGCAGAGAAGGCCACAGAGAAGACCGCAGAGAAGACCGCAGAGAAUACCGCAGAGAAGACUGCAGAGAAGGCCACAGAGAAGACCACAGAGGAGACCGCAGGAAAAUACAGCAGAGAAGACCAUAGAGAAGACCGCAGAGAAGACCACAGAGAAGACCGCAGAGAAGACUGCAGAGAAGGCCACAGAGAAGACCACAGAGAAGACCACAGAGAAGACCACAGAGAAGACUACAAAGAAGACCGCAGAGAAGACCGCAGAGAAGACUGCAGAGAAGAUUGCAGAGAAGGCCACAGAAAAGACCGCAGAGAAGACCGCAGAGAAGACCACAGAGAAGACCGCAGAGAAGACCGAGAGAAGACCACAGGGAAGAACGUAGAGAAGACCACAGAGAAGACCACAGAGAAGGCCACAGGGAAGAACGUAGAGAAGACCACAGAGAAGACCGCAGAGAAGACCACAGGGAAGACCGUAGAGAAGAGAACAGAGAAGACCGCAGAGAAGACCACAGGGAAGACCAUAGAGAAGACCGCAGAGAAGACCACAGAAAAGACCGCAGAAAAGACCUCAGAGAAGACCGUAGAGAAGACCGUAGAGAAGACCACAGAGAAGACCGCAGAGAAGACCGCAGAGAAGACCGCAGAGAAAACCGCAGAAAAUACCGCAGAGAAGACCACAGAGAAGACCGCAGAGAAGACCGCAGAGAAGACCACAGAGAAGACCGCAGAGAAGACCGCAGAGAAGACUGCAGAGAAGGCCACAGAGAAGACCACAGAGAAGACCGCAGAGAAGACCACGGAGAAGACCGUAGAGAAGACCACAGGGAAUACCGUAGAGAAGACCACAGAGAACACCGCAGAGAAGACCACAGGGAAGACCGUAGAGAAGACCACAGAGAAGGCCGCAGAGAAGACCACAGGGAAGAACGUAGAGAAGACCACAGAGAAGACCGCAGAGAAGACCACAGGGAAGACCGUAGAGAAGACAACAGAGAAGACCGCAGAGAAGACCACAGGGAAGACCAUAGAGAAGACCGCAGAGAAGACCGCAGAGAAGACCGCAGAGAAGACCACAGAGAAGACCGCAAAGAAGACCGCAGAGAAGACCACAGAGAAGACCACAGAGAAGACCGCUGAGAAGACCACAGGGAAGACCACAGAGAAGACCACAGAGAAGACCACAGGGAAGACCACAGAGAAGACUACAGAGAAGACCACAGAGAAGACCACAGAGAAGACCACAGAGAAGACCACAAAGAAGACCGCAGAGAAGACCAAAGAGAAGACCACAGGGAAGAACGUAGAGAAGACCACAGAGAAGACCGCAGAAAAUACCGCAGAGAAGACCGCAGAGAAGACUACAGAGAAGAUCACAGAGAAGACCGCAGAAAAUACCGCAGAGAAGAACGCAGAGAAGACUGCAGAGAAGACCACAGAGAAGACCGCAGAGAAGACUGCAGAGAAGACUGCAGAGAAGGCCACAGAGAAGACCACAGAGAAGACCGUAGAGAAGACCGCAGAGAAGACUGCAAAGAAGACUGCAGAGAAGGCCACAGAGAAGACCGCAGAGAAGACCGCAGAGAAUACCGCAGAGAAGACCGCAGAGAAUACCGCAGAGAAGACUGCAGAGAAGGCCACAGAGAAGACCACAGAGGAGACCGCAGGAAAAUACAGCAGAGAAGACCAUAGAGAAGACCGCAGAGAAGACCACAGAGAAGACCGCAGAGAAGACUGCAGAGAAGGCCACAGAGAAGACCACAGAGAAGACCACAGAGAAGACCACAAAGAAGACCGCAGAGAAGACCGCAGAGAAGACUGCAGAGAAGACCGCAGAGAAGACUGCAGAGAAGAUUGCAGAGAAGACCACAGAAAAGACCGCAGAGAAGACCGCAGAGAAGACCACAGAGAAGACCGCAGAGAAGACCGAGAGAAGACCGCAGAGAAGACCACAGGGAAGACCGUAGAGAAGACCACAGAGAAGGCCGCAGAGAAGACCACAGGGAAGAACAAGACCACAGAGAAGACCGCAGAGAAGACUACAGGGAAGACCGUAGAGAAGACCACAGAGAAGGCCGCAGAGAAGACCACAGGGAAGAACGUAGAGAAGACCACAGAGAAGACCGCAGAGAAGACCACAGGGAAGACCGUAGAGAAGACAACAGAGAAGACCGCAGAGAAGACCACAGGGAAGACCGUAGAGAAGACCGCAGAGAAGACCGCAGAGAAGACCACAGAGAAGACCGCAAAGAAGACCGCAGAGAAGACCACAGAGAAGACCACAGAGAAGACCGCUGAGAAGACCACAGGGAAGACCACAGAGAAGACCACAGAGAAGACCGCUGAGAAGACCACAGAGAAGACUACAGAGAAGACCACAGAGAAGACCACAGAGAAGACCACAGAGAAGACCACAAAGAAGACCGCAGAGAAGACCAAAGAGAAGACCACAGGGAAGAACGUAGAGAAGACCACAGAGAAGACCGCAGAGAAGACCACAGGAAAGACCGUAGAGAAGACAACAGAGAAGACCGCAGAGAAGACCACAGGGAAGACCAUAGAGAAGACCGCAGAGAAGACCGCAGAGAAGACCGCAGAGAAGACCAUCGAGAAGACCGCAAAGAAGACCGCAGAGAAGACCACAGAGAAGACCACAGAGAAGACCGCUGAGAAGACCACAGGGAAGACCACAGAGAAGACCACGGAGAAGACCGCUGAGAAGACCACAGGGAGACCACAGAGAAGACUACAGAGAAGACCACAGAGAAGACCACAGAAAAGACCACAAAGAAGACCGCAGAGAAGACCGCAGAGAAGACCACAGAGAAGACCACAGAGAAGACCACAGAGAAGACCACAGAGAAGACCACAGAGAAGACCGCAGAGAAGACCACAGAAAAAACCGCAGAAAAGACCUCAGAGAAGACCGUAG